AUGUUCGAAUACAGCCGUUCAUACAACGCCGACGAGGCCAGCAAUUCUGGAUCUUGCAGCGACCUCGAAUCGCCAUGCGAAUGUUCCGCAGCCAACUCACCUUUCGCCGAGUCCACACCCGUCAAAGUCACCACUGUCGACAUUGGUGGACAGGCAUAUAGACUGCCGACACACUUGAGCAAGCGUUUCUACCUCGACCUCACAUACAUGACGGAUGAGGAACUCAUCUCGAAAUACACCCUGGUCAAAUACACCAAGCACGAGCGUUCCACUUCCUUCUGGACCCCUGCCAGUGCGGGAGAUCUCAAGCGCUGA